AUGUACCUCGCAACAGCUCAACCUCCCCCCAGCAUUCCAACUUCACAGCCGCGCAGUCUCGCAGCAUUUCAACAUCGCAACAUCACCAUGCCUUGCAACUACAAGGCUCCCGCCUCGCAAGCAGCUUUCGAAGAGUUUGUCGAUGGUCGCUGUGACUCCGGAGUAUACAUCAAUGCCAUUACGGGGGCAGAGUUGAACACUCUGUACGACGCUCUUGUCUGGUCGCCGCCUCUUCCACAUCCACCGGCAGACGAAGAGCGUAAUAAGCGCAAUCUGCUCGCCUGGAUCUUACGCAACUAUCCAGAGCUAGCCAACCCAAGCCAGAAGAUGCCUACCAAGGCAAUCCUACAUUCGUCCAUGCAGGAGCGCAACUUGCUCCACCAUAUGCCCGUCGAUCGCCCACAGCAUACCGGUCCUCGUCGGAACACCAAGUCGACUCGACGCCAGCCACAAGCAUCACUACAAUCACUAUCCGCACCACUCUCACUACAAUCACUAUCACUCCAACCAGCACCUUCGCCUGACGCCAUGCACGCACUCGUACCAGACGUCGCCUUUCAGACGUUGACUCCUUCUCCUCCACCACCGAAGCGUCGCACCCGUAAAUCCCUCCCAUCGUUCGUCCAAAAGAACGAAGAACCUUCUGACGACGAGCUGGCCUCUUCCUGCACAGUACCAGCCGGACCGGCACCUUCGACACAAGCCAUGCACGCACUCGUUCCAGACAUCGCGUUUCAGACGCUCCCUACUUCUCCCACACCACCGAAGCGUCGCAGCCGCAAAUCCCAUCCAUUUUCCGUCCAAGAAGACGACGAAGAAUCCUCCUCGGAGGACAAGCUGACCUCUCCCCGGCCAUCCAAAUCCGCGCAGAAGGCCGGCAUCCCACCCCUACACCUGCUCUCUCCCUCCUCUACCGAAGACGACGACGACCCGUAUUUCUCCGACCACCACAAUCGCGUCUCCACCAUCGCAUCCCAGCCGGUCAAACCCACCAUCCCCCCACCACCACCACCAUCUUCUUCUUCCAUCGCGACCGCCACGUCCGCCACUAUCCCGCAGCAGAACAUCCAGAUUCCACCACCACCACCACCACCAUCUCCCCCCGCCGAGAACACCACCACUCCUCCUCCUCCUCCUCGAAGCCCCGAUCUUCUACCCCCCCUCCUCCAAGCCCUCGACGGCAACACCGCCACGCUCCGUAACGUCUGUCUAGCGCGGAACUGGGAUGCUGCGUUGUAUACUCUUGCUACGAUGACGAGUUUGGUGGUUAUGGUUCGUGAUAGUGGGGUAAUAUGUAUUCUGCGCGAGUGUGGAAAGGUGUCUUUUACAAAUCGCGCCGACUACCCUACCGCCGUCGCCGUAUCUGUCUGGCUCGAGCUGGGUUGUGAUGCUAUGUAG